AUGAAGAACCCCAUGCUGGAGGCGGCGUCCCUCCUGCUGGAGAAGCUGCUCCUCAUCUCGAACUUCAGGCUCUUCAGUUUGGGCGCCCUGGGUGAAGACAAAGCCAGGAGCCGUUUCUAUGAGAUCAGCUCCUUCCUCCGCGGCGACGUGCUGGAGGUGCCCCGCACCAACUUCACCCACUACGGCAUCUACCUGGGUGACAACCGCGUCGCCCACCUCAUGCCCGACAUCCUGUUGGCCCUGACCAAGGACGAAGGGCGCACUCGACAGGUCGUCUCCAACAAGCGUCUCAUCCUGGGCGUCAUCGGCAAGGUGGCCAGCGUCCGCGUGGACACGGUGGAGGACUUCGCCUACGGAGCCGACAUCCUGGUCAACCACCUGGACAAGUCCCUCAGGAAGAAGGCGCUGCUCAACGAGGAAGUGGCGCUCCGGGCGGAGGCGCAGCUGGGCUUCACCCCCUACAGCCUGCUCUGGAACAACUGCGAGCAUUUCGUGACCAACUGCAGAUACGGCACCCGGCUCAGUCCCCAGGCUGACCAGUUUUGUGAAGUUGUGAAGAUAAUCAUUCGUUCCCAGAGAAGUGUCUUUCUUUCAGCCCUCUUGGGAUUGGCAUUCGUGAUUUGCAUGGGUCUGGCAUCAUACACUAUUCUUCCGGCCAUUUUUAUCCCAUUCAUCCUAUGGAUGGCUGGUUAG